AUAUAUACAUAUAUUACUGUGUGUGUAUUGGGAACGACACUUUUAGUAGCUGACACGUUACUACCUCAGCUAUCAACGAAACGUAUCCAACGAGUGCUCGAACUAAAAUGAAGCAUAUGAAGCUAUGGGGAUAGAAUAAGGUAACUGCGCGUGCGCAAACAUUUCUGAAGCCCUGUAGAAACUUUUCCGAGGGAAAUGAGUAUACAUUGAAUUUUCUUCAGCGUCAAAUCGAUCGCUUAAUAAUCUACCUCUUCCCGAGCAAUUGUACCAAAUUACACGCAGUAUAUUUGAAAAUUCAUAUUGCUAUUUCACACCCAUUAUUAGCUAUACGUUUAUAAUAAAUUAGAGAGAAUUGAUGUUAAAAUUUGAAAAAAGAGAGAAACUUUACCAAACGAAAAAAAGCAUAUAUAAAAUUUUCUUGGCAUUGUAUAGUCGUGAGCUAAAAGGUUGCAACACAUUUUCUUCGAUUGUUUUUGAAAUGUAGACUUGCUCAUCAAACGGCGAACGUCAUUGGUCCUUACCAGUGGAUCCAAUCAAUUAAGCAUCGAACCAUCUACCAUCAAAGAAAAUGUGUUGCAACCUUUUAGCUCACGACUAUACAGUCAGACAUAUCUUGAUACUUAACUUGUAAACAUGAAUACUUCAGAAAUUCAACAUUUUAGUCUAAACCGAAUUCUUUUGCUUAGUGUGGGUUUAUGGCCCUACAAUCAAUCAAAACUCGUUUCGUUGCAACAGAUAUUACUUUUUGGAAUUCAGAUAAGUUUUGUUAUAUAUCAGGUUAUUAUAUGUUUCAUCACAGAAUUCACAACCAGUUUGGCAAUCACAAUAUGCUCCAUCAUAUUAUUUUAUACUAUAUUUCUAAUUAAAUACAAUUCUUUUUUGAUUAAUGGUCAAGCCGUAAAAUAUUUACUGGAGCAGUUUAUUCAUGUUUGUAACGAGCUAAAAGACGAAAAUGAAAUCGAUGUUAUGAAAAGAUAUGCGAGCACCACAAAACGUUAUACGACUAGACUUAUACUGGUGUUCGUCUCUCUUCCUAUUGGUAUGCUGAUGACAAUGUGGCCAUAUAUUCUCAAUAUUGUUGCACCCAGAAAUGAGUCUCGAUCGAAUUUCUGGAUAUCGUUUUUGACUGAACACUUUGCCAAUAAGAACAAAUAUCGUUAUUUAAUGUUAUUAUACGCAAAUGCAACGUUUUGCAUAGGAUCAAUUACAGUGCUAGCAACAGGAACGAUGCUUAUCGGUUAUAUUAAAUAUGCUUGCGGGAUGUUUAGAAUCGCCAGCUACCGGAUCAAACAAGCAUUAACAAUUAAUAAGACACACAAAAGUUUCAAAAACGAAAUUAUGAUUCAUAAAGAGAUUAUUUGCGCUAUGGACGUACAUCGCCAAGCUAUGAAGAUGUGCAAAUAUUUCACGUACAAUUUUAAUGGGACGUUCUUCAUGUUAGUAAUAGUCGGUGUGAUUAUAUUAAGCCUCAAUCUUUAUCGAAUUUUUCAAUGUGUAUCGGAUAAAAGUGACAAACAAGAACUGAUACUUCAUGUCGAAAUUGUAAUUAUCAGCCUUGUAUACAUGUUCAUAGCGAACUACAUUGCACAAGAAAUUACGGAUCAUAAUAAUCACGUAUUUAUCACUGUAUAUAAUGGUCACUGGUAUGUAGCACCGUUGCAUAUACAGAAGAUUAUAUUAUUUUUGUUACAAGUGGGCAACAAAACUUUCGGUCUGAGUUGUGGCGGAUUGUUUACAGGAUCUCUGUAUACCUUCGCAACACUAGUGAACACAUCAAUGUCUUACUUCACCGUUCUAUAUUCAACACAGAAGCUUUGACAUGUAAAUAUAUUAUCUAAUACUAUAUUAGAGAAUUAAGUGAAUUACACAGAGGUCUCGGCCUCAUUACGCGGACGUGUUAUACAAUGAAAGAGAUCUAUUUAACUGUUUGAUUAAAUAAAGAAAAUGUAAAACGUUU